ACUCAACACCUGUGGCGCUAGUAUACAUGUGUCGUGUCGAGUGUUUUUGAUGGUGUUUUUUUCUGAAUAAGGGAGAUAAAAGAAGAGAAAAUUUUGCGAAAAAUAGUGCAAUAAAUAGGAGUGAUAUGAUUAUGGAGAGGAAAAUCAAAUUAAAGACUCUCAAUAGUCACAUCACAUGCAAAAUAUGCCGUGGAUACUUUAUCGAUGCCACCACAGUUACCGAAUGCCUGCACACUUUCUGCAAAAGUUGCUUGGUGAAGCAUUUGGAGGAGAACAACACAUGUCCUACUUGUGGCAAUGUCAUCCAUCAGUCGCAUCCGCUCCAAUAUAUCAGUUUCGACAGAACAAUGCAAGAUAUCGUGUACAAAUUGGUUCCAAAUCUCCAAGACAAUGAGAUGCGACGCGAGAGAGAGUUUUACAAGACAAGAAAUCUACCCUGCCCAAAAGACCUGCCGCAAAACCACGAACUGGAAGAAAGUGGAGCUGAUAAGCUCAAUGAAGCUCAUGCUGAAUCCGAUUACCAUCGUCAGGAUGAGCAAGUGAACGUGUGCUUAGAGUGCAUCAGUAACAAUUUGAAAAAUCUCAAGAGACGCUUCAUCAGAUGCAGCUCCCAAGCAACAAUUACGCAUCUCAAGAAGUUUGUGGCCAAAAAGGUGUUGAAUGGAAUGGACAAAUACAGAGAGGUGGAUAUACUGUGCAAUGAUGAACUCCUGGGGAAGGAUCAUACCCUCAAAUUCGUCUACGUGACCAGAUGGCGAUUUCGGGAUCCGCCUCUGCGACUGCAGUACAGACCUAGAAUAGAACUGUAGAGUCACCAUUGUCCACACUGACCCAUCCCAUGUCACCCCAUAGAUCUCAUUUCGUGUCCCUUCAUCCUUUCAUCCCCAUUAGCAUUUAUACCCUGGAUACCCUUCCUUCCAUAUUUAAUCCUGCGCUAGGGAUUCAGGAUAAAUUGUAAGUAGUGACUAUAUUUUGAUUAUGCAGGAAAUUUUAUCAGAUUUUUUUUCGAGAAAAAUACAGUACUGUGUUGGAAAUAGUAACGCAGAGAUAGCUUGAAAUCGAAACUUAUAAUCACAAAAAAAAAUAGUACUAGUAGAUAAUUUUUUAAAUCUUUUAUUUUAUUUAUUGGGAAAGGAUCACAGAAUUUGUUAAGCAUUUAUUUUUCAAGAGUUGUGUAGAUUUUAAAAUUAAAAAAAAAACAUCAUUUUUGGGAAUAUUUAUAUCACAAAUAUUAAAUUGAAUAAUAUGGUGAAAAUGUUUUAAAAAAUCGUAUAUUUUAUUUUAUUUAUUUAUUUUUUAAAUGUUUUAACUGUGUUAUCACACUUGCAUAUUAAAAUUUUAAUAUGAUUCACAUUAAUUGUCGCUGGUGAGAGUCCAAAUGUGUAAUUUGUGUGUUUGAAUCAUUUUAUAUUCAAAAUUUGAUCUAUUUGUUGAUAAAAAGGUAGACUUGGCCCGCAAAAUUUGAUAUAAAUGGAUUUAUAGCAUUAAUGCGAAAAAUUAAUGCGAUUUUCUCUUUAAUUUUUUAAUGUGAAAAAUAUUUAUGCUUUAGGUAAAUUUAAAAUUAUUUUUGCAGGCCAAGUCCACUUCUUUAUCAAUAAAUAGAAAAAUCCCAAAUAUUAAGUGACUCAAAGACACAAAUAACAUAUUUGGACGUUCACAAGUGACAAUUAAUGUGAAUCACAUUAAAAUUUUAAUGUACAAGUGUGAUAACGCCGUAAUAGGUAGAUCAAAUAAAUCUUAGGUUUAGUUUUCUGGUUAGUGCCGGCAAAUUUUUAAAUAUCAUUGUUCUAAUUUCCUUUUUUUUAAAUAGAAAAUGGCUAAAUUUGCUCAUGGCGUUAGCAUUACUUUUUCAAUUUUGGGAUAUUCAAUCGAUUUUAAUUUUUCUCUGGAUCCAUCAAAUUGAAAUCGGAUAUAAUUGUCUCCUUCUGUAAAAAAUAGAAAAUUGAAAUUUCAAUUCUCAUUUGACAGAAGGAGAUUUAUCUGAUUCCAGUUUGAAAAAGUGAAAUGUAAAGUUUCAAUAAGUCCCGGGUCAGAAUCCCCUUUAGGUCACCAGGAAUUUUUCUGGCGUUAAAGGUGUACGGAUUGCAUUCAGUGUGCUUCACUGCACUUGAUUCCACGGGCAUGGGACUGACAACCUCAUCCCGUACAAGAAAAAAUAAUAAUGCAUGUCUAGAAAUCCCCUUGCGGGAAGGCCUUGGUCCUUCAUGGAAUGUUGUGCCAGCAUUAUUAUUAUUAUUAUUAAAGUUUCAAUCAAUUGAAUUUCAAUAAAUUAAAAUGGUGUGCUAAGUGCCUAAUACAAUAGAAAUAAAAUAUUAAAUAUUGACAGUGUCAUUAGAUUUUGACUGAUGUUUAAAACGCUAAAAACUGGCGUAGAUUGUCAAUGUAGCAUUUUGAUCACGCCCUUUUCUAGCCAAAGAACGCAGUGGCAAUUGUACGCACUAAAAAAAAAGGAUUUCUUUGAUAUGUGGGAUAUUGAAGCAAAUUGAUUACGUUUCUGUCGAAAAAAAACUGUCAAUUUCUUUUCAAUAAUGCCAAAUAUGGAAAUAAAUUUCUCUAAUUGCGACCAUUAGGGGAAGAUGGGGCAACUUUGACUGGGAUUAAUAUAUUUUUAAGGGAAACUGAGUUUUAGCAUGAUGUAAUUUAGGUAGAUAAAACAAUUGCGGAUCCAAAUAAAAUAAUAGUAAGGACCAGCUUCAUUUAGAAAUAGGCGAAAAAAUCAAGUAGCAAUGCAGCCCCACAGUUGAAAGUAGCCCCACCUCCUCCUAUGUUUUGUUCAUCUAAAUUCACAAAAAAAAAAAGAGAUAAAAUCGAAUUAUUUCAUUACACAUUCUGAUUGAGACAUUGAGUUUUGUGUCUGAAAUUUGAAUUUGAAAUGUUUAGCAAUCUGUUACUUGUAAUCUUAAAAGCAGAUUAUUGAGUAACCAUAUUAGCUUCCGAAUGUUCCAGUCUUCGAAUAUUUGAAUUUUUCGGAUUUCUCAAGAAAAUAGGACAUCACUUCUUGUUCGAAAGCAGUUCACCAGAUAUUACACAGUAAACACUCUCCGAAUUGGGUAUUAAAGAAAAAAGAGCCAAUUGAGUGAGAAUCUAUUGUAAUAAUUUAGCAUCAACAAAAAAUGACAAAAUGUCUUUUAUUAAAUCACAUUCUAAUCACAAGACAAUAAUUAUUCUGGUUAUUUAAAAUGUUUCUUAUAUGUGCGAAAAUGAACUUUUAAUUUUUUUUAGGUUAGGUCGAAGUAAAAAAAAAAUUUAAAACGCAAAUUUAUCCGUCGCCCUUUUUCAAUGCUUGAUUUAUUUAUUAUAAAAGACGAUUCUAAUGCUUCUGACAAACCUUUUAGAUCAGUAUAAUUUCUUAAAUCAAAAUUCGCGUUUCUUUUUCAAAAGAUUUGCAUAAGUCUAUCCCACUCUUUCAUUAGUAAGUAAAAUUAAUAUUAGUAUGCAGAUGAACAAAGUCAUUGCAUUUCAAAAAGUUUAACGCCCGAAUUUCUCUCUAAUUCGGGUGACAGUUCGAUCCCAAAUACACGAAUUUGAAAGAGUCUACUGUAGUAGUGUAGAGGCCAUAAAUUGUCUAUAUCGACCCGAGUGAGUCCGUCAGCCUUAUAUAAAAUAGAAGAAGAACAGGCCAUAAAUUAGAUUGAAAGGAUUGAACUAAAUUGAAUUUGUUAUGAUGUUCAAAAGAAGAAGAAGAAUGGUCCUGAAGAUUGGGGUAGACAUAUACAACACGUUUUUAAGAAAGAAAGGAAUGUGAAUUUCGAUCAUAUGAAAUCUUGCUGAUCUAAAAGGUGUGCAAGAACCAUAAAGUUUGAAAUUUUGUGUGAUCUAACUUCGAAAAAAUCAUCUCUUAAUAGAACACUACUUUUUAUUUAACAAAAAAGUUUCUCAAAAUAUCAAUCCAAAAGAAUUUAACCGGGUAGAACUCGGCAAAACAGAUCGUAUUUGGGUUUUGAUAAAUUUUUCUGCUUCCUAUUAAAUGCCGCAGGAAAAUGCAAAAAAAAAAAUUAAAUUGUAUUUUUUUAUACAUAAAAAAUCAAUUUGAAAGUUGAUCUCAUUUUAUUAUUUUAUAUUUAUUUAUUGUUAUACAAAUUAAACAACAAUAUCACAUUUUCGAUUGAUUUAAGAAACUAUUCUCUGUGCUAAUAUUUUCGACACAAGACUGUAAAAGAAUAUCGCUACGUACGAAUAUUUUCCUGAAUGUCCUAAAAACUGCAAAAAUUUAACUUUUAGACUCCAUUAAACAUCACAGUCCAAGAUUUCCUCAUUCCCUCCUUCCCAUUUUACCCUCAAAUUGUACAUUAUCUUCAUUAUUAUUCUUAUAUAUAAUUAUAUGAAUUUACAUUAUGAUAAAU